AUGCAACUUGAAAUUGUCACUGAAAAGUGGAACGCCUCAAGUCGUACGUCCCCAUUCCGGGCCUAUCUUUACAAUAACGUCGGCGAAGAAAACGCGCCUUUCUACCAACCUACCCCCGAAGAUGACGAAGCGAAGUGGGAGGAAGCCUUGCGCAAGCGAACCAGUCCUGGAUACGUACCCGUCCUCGUGAAAGGUUUCUGGGAGCUGGGAAAGCGAGCUCAGCGCCAGAAGGACUUCCUUUCCAUGAUGCAAACACGUCUCCACGAAAUCAACAACUGCCUCACGGAUAUGCUAUCACGACACGACCUGAAGAUCUCAGUGAAGAUUGCCGACUGCCGGCGCAAGCACAUGGUUCUGAGCAAGCGCUGCCUUUCUCUUGCGGCUAAGACGCAGAUCUUGCGCAACCGGGGUUAUGCCAUGGAUGAUGCCGAAGAGGAAUUGAAGAAGAAGUUGACCCUACUAGAGCGCUCCGUUUUCGACCCAUCCCUGAGUGGCCGGGCCGAAGAAAUCUGGGCUCGCAUGCUGGCCAUUCACGAGCACGGCAAGCGCCUGCAGGCUGAUAUGGAGCGCGUUGGGGCAACUAUGGGCUCGAACGGCGAGGAUGAGAUUGACGAACACACUAUGAAGACGGCGAAGAAGAUUCUCGACGACUAUCACACCCAGAUUCAGCACUUGCAGAAGGAGCUCGAGUCAGUGAAGAAAGAAUUCGACGAGGCUCAGAAGCUGAACGGAAACUAA